AUGGACCGGGCCGCGCUGCUCAAGCACGCGUCGCUGCACAAGGGCCUAACCAACUACGCGGGCCAGAACAACUGCUUCCUCAAUGUCAUCAUCCAGUCGCUCUGGCACCUCGACAGCUUCCGCGUACUCAUCUCGACGAGCGACCACGUGCACGGCCUCGGCGAGGCUUGUCUCCUCUGCGAGCUCAAGGAAAUCUUCGCCUUCUACGAGUUCAGCGACGAGGACGCACUCGCGCCCGACAACGUGCGCAUCGCGCUCGACGUCCUGUACCGCGAGCGCUUCCAAGUCGGGCGCAUGGCAGACGCGACCGAGACGCUGGACACGAUCCUCGCCUUCAUGCACGCCGACCAGUGCCGCAGCGGCGAUCUCGCAACCUCGAUGCAGAUUAAGGACACGACGUGCGAGCCGCGCUGCAUUGCGCACGCGCUCUUCGAGGCCGACAUGUUUGACGUCCAUCACUGCGCAAGCUGCGGCGCAACGUCAGACCCCGACAUGUGGAAGGACACGCUGUACCGCGUCUACUUUGCCGAGCUCUACAAGUACGUGGGCGACGAAACGUCGUACUUUACGAGCAGGAAGGCCGAUGCGCCAAGCUUCGCGUCCGUCCUCAAAGCACUGCUCAACGACGGUCCGGGCAAGUCGUGCCCGGACGCCGACGCCACGGGCUGCAAGGGGCAUUGCCGCGUCGAGCGGUGGCUGCUCAAGCUUCCAAUCGUCUUUGCGAUCAGCAUCGUGUGGCCCUCCAACAGCGUGGGCGGGAGGGAGCUCAAGGCGUUCGCCAACGUCAUUCCGCACGCGCUCGACUUGAGCCACGUGUUCGAGCUCGGCGGCGACGCAGCCGAAGCGCCAAAGGAGGACGCGCAGUACGUGUUUCGCGGCAUGGUGUGCUACUACGGCCAGCACUAUGUGAGUUUCUUCCGGUCCCAGUCGGGCGACCGCGCGUGGUACCUCUUUGACGACAAGACCGUGCGCACGGUGGGUACGUGGCACGAUGUGCGGCAGCGAAUUGAGCGGGGUUGUUACCAGCCGACCAUUCUCUUUUGGGAGAAAGAGACGCUCAAAUACGAGGAACUCGAAUCGCUCGCCGAGGUUGUGCACCACCGCAAGAGCAGCGUCGACGUCGACGUACGAUCGCCGCCGAGUUCCCCAGCGACGCGGCCGACGCUCCCAGCAACAGCCUUUUCCACGCGCAUUGAGGACCUUGUGGACCUGGCGCCGCACCUUCCGACGCUCGAGACCAUCGAUGCGUUAGAUGCGCUUGAUAUUGCGCUCGAUAUCUCUCGCCCGUCGUCCCCAAAUCGGAUACCACCGAUGUCGCCAAGCCAAUCGACAAGCACGUCGUCGUCGUCGCCAUUUAAGACUCCUACGACUCUUCCGAUGCUUCAGGCGUCGUCGCCUGCUGUCGUCGCGUCCGUUCCCGCCACCGCGCCCCCGUCCUUGUCCUUGUCACCAAAGAAGCAGCGUCACUUUGUCGUGUUUCAAGGCGCCGAAGCCAACGCCAAGUCGGGGCGGACGCGCAUUCGCGUGCAGCUCACGGCCACGGACGGCGGCCUCGGUCUCGUCCUUGCAAAGAAAGACUCGGAAGUGUACGUCUCGGCGCUCGAGAAGAACGCCGCCGGCGAGGCGCUCCCGGCUGAAGCGUGCGGUGCGAUCGCCCUACGAGACCGCCUGCUGCGGCUCAACGACGCGGACGUGCACGUCAAGACGUUGUACCAAAUCAUGGAGGAGCUGAUUACGACGUCCGAGCCCGUGACGCUCGAGUUUGAACGGCGGGUACCGUGGCUCUGCGGGGCGUGUACGCUCAUCAACGCGACGACGGCGACGACGUGUGGCGCCUGCGACCUGCCGCGCGCGUCCUAA